CAGCAACAUGACUUCUGUCCCUUCCCUGCUGGCCUACAAGAGGCCGAUGGCCUUGGCGAACCAGACGAUGCCGAUGCCCGCAGCGAACGCCGACGCGCCGAAGGCCAGGCGUUUGGGAAUGUCUGGCCGGUCCACCGCCCUCGUCAGCCUUAUCGACCCCUCCCCAGCCGCAGCACUGCACGCACUCAUCGUCAGCUGCACACAGAUAUGACACAUGAAUGACACACAUCACAUCGACCAACCAGUCUGCCUUGCCCCUCCCUCUUUGUUUGUGUCGGUGUGCUGACGUUGGUUGUACCAUGGUGCCGGUGCAGUAAGACAGCAGAAAUAGGAACACGGCCGGCCAUCGUGUGAAGGAGAGGGAAGGGGCGAGGCCGGGAGCGCCGUCCAGCGAGAAGCCGUGCAGCAUGCCGUUGAAGAAGAGCGUCAGGCCGCGACGCAGAGAGGCCGACAGAUCUCGGUAGCCCUCCUUUUGCUCCUCUUUGGCACGUGCAUCCAGCUGAGCCUGUCAGCCAGUCCAUACGUCAGUCAGACAGACAGACAGACGAAUAUGAGAAAGAGGACACACCUGCCCUGCUCCCCUGCUUCAAUACAUACCUGCAGCUCUUCAGCAUCCCAGGAUCGCGCCUCUUUGUAGCCGAAGAAUCCGAUGAGUAUGAGCGACAGCCCCACCAGCCCCUCCGUCCAGGUCUCCAUCCGCUCUAUCAGCGCACCCCCGUGAAGGCCGGCCGCAUCCAUGACGAAUAUGCGGUCCUUGAGCACAAAGGCCAGCAUCCCCAUGAUCAUGGCCGACAGCCCGUGGCCCAGCCCCCACACCAGCCCCAGCUUCCCAGCGCCCGUCCACCGCCGCCCAAGACAUUGCGGCAGCAGCGCCGCCAGGUGGUCGGGGCCGCUCACUGCAUGGAGCGAACCGGCCAGAGCGCCCCCACCCACAGUCACGAUGGACGCCGCCGGCAACACUCGCUUGAUGAACCGCGAGAAGGCCGCCCACCGCCGCACCUGGCUGAGCAGCAGGGCGAGUGUGACGGCAAGGGUGAACCGGGAGGCGCGAGAGCUGAACAGUCGGUCGAAAGCCUUGACGAAUCGUUGCAAUCGGUUGUGGGGGGUGGUGGGGGUGACGGCAUUGACAGGAGAGAGCGAUGUCUGCGAUGGCGGGAUGGUGGGUGGGGGGAGGGGGCUGAGAGAGGGGGAGGAGGGCAGCGACACAUCGCUGGAGACGGAUGCUGCGGUUGACGAGGAUGAGGGUGUGGAGGCCUGUCUGCUCUUGAUGCCGAUGAGGCUGAGGUCCUCCUCUUCCACCGACGACUCGCUGUCGAUGGGCAGGGCGGCAGCAACACGGUCGACUGCUGUGCUGGUGCCGCACAUGGUCACAUAAUUGUGGUGCGGCAGCACGUUGUUGGUCGUCACCACUCGCACACGCCGGCUGGCAGGCAGCACAAACGCCCCCGACCUCCGAAGUGGCUUCACGUCCACCGGCACUCCCCUGCCCCGCGCACCGUGGCCCGCUGCGAUGAAGAUAAGCAGGAGGGAGGACGGCAGCAGCCUGAGCGAAUCAGCAGAUCUUCUCAUCGACAGUUGGAAAUGGGACAAACGAGUCCGCCGCCUUGUUCAGGCCGUCCUCCUUCAGCACCGGACUACCGCAGCGCACACACAGCAUGCGCAAAGGCAGGGAUCUUCC